AAAAUAUGGAUAUAUGCAAAAAGAGGCAAGAUAGACUUCAUAUUAUGAGAGUGUUACACCACUUUGUGCCAGUACUUUGAGCGUCUAUACUGAAAGAUAUACCCCAAAACAGAUUGGUUGUCCAUAAAGAAACGUUGGGAGUCAAUUUUGCCGCCACUUGUGCUCCAACUGCCGUCAAGUGCAGAUCGACACUUUUCUUCAAAUAAAAGCCAAAGACAUUGGGGACGAAAAGUGAGUGACUUUGGACGAAAGUAAAAGUGUUGUGAGUUGUGAGUGAAAUUGGAGUAGUUAAAAUGAAGGAGUUAACGAACAAAGGUAUAACACCUGCUGAUGAUUAUGUCUUCCAACUGGAUGAGGAGCUAAAGCAAUGCGCUGAAAAAGAACUCCGCGAGACAGAUACCAUAAGGAAGCCAGCAAUUGAAGCGAUAAGAAAAUGGCUUGUUCAGCAUCCAAAAAUCCUCACUACACGUUUGGAUGCCAGUUUCAUCUUGCGCUUCCUGAGAAACAAGAAGUUCAGCGUUCCCAUGACCCAAGAGGGUAUAGAGAGAUAUUUGUUACUUCGCAAAGUCCGAAAUGGCGAGAUGUUUGCCAAUUUGGACAUGAAAGAACCAGCAAUAGCUGAUCUCUUGGAUCUUGGGUACAUCUUUGCACUGCCAGAGCGUGAUCACUUAGGACGACGGGUAAUUAUGCAUCGGCCGGGGGUUUUUAAUUUGCAGAAACAUAAGAAUUACGAUAUGCUCAAAGUACAUGCUUUGACGUAUGAAAGCUUACUGGAAGAUGAAGAAAAUCAAAUCAGGGGAUUUGUCUAUGUUGUCGAUGCAGCUAAAAUUGGUUUACAGCACCUAACACUCUUUACACCACAGGAAGCUGUUAGGAUUGCCAAAAAUGCAGAAAGAACCGUUCCGAUGAGACACAAGAAAUUAAUUGCAUUCAACAUCAAUUCGAGCCUCAAGUUCGCCGUGGAUUUUGGUAUUUCUCUUGUUAGUGAAAAAUUCAAGAAGCGCGUAAUUCUUUGUACAAAUCUCGAAAGAGCCAACCGCUAUAUUGACAACAAUCUCCUUCCUGCUGAAUAUGGAGGAUUAAUGCCCAUGGCAGAGAUGAUAAAACUCUUCAAAAAGGAAUUGGAGGACAAGCAACCAGUAAUCCUGCAGAAUGAUCAUAUGAACCUGAGAUUAGACAUGUAUCCCCCGGAAGCCCUGGAGGGCUCUCUGGGUGCAAUAAAUCGAGCAUGUGGCAUUCAGAAAGACUCCAUGGGAUCGACUUUUCAUGGGAUGCAGGGCAGUUUCCGGAAACUCGAAGUGGAUUAGAUUAAACAAAAAAAAAGAAAAUGGGAACUUACUUUACUCCGAAGCAUUCUUCAUUCUUGUAUUAUCCUUUUUUUUAUUCCUUUCAUUAAAAUUGAGACGUUACGUUGGCCAGAAA